AUGCUUAAACAAGACGGAAAAUUAAUUCAAGAGAAAAGUAUCACACGAAUUCAAACAAUGAUGAAAUUACAAGAUGGAACUGAACGUGCAGUUGAUUGGAUUGAUGUCUAUGCUAUAUGGAUAUUAAUAUUGAUCAUAUUAAAACAACUUAUUGAACAUUGUCAUCAUCGUCGUGUUCUAUCAACAGAGAAAUCGAAUAAAACUUCAUAA